GCCAUUUAUAAUCUAAAAUGUCUGUAGGCUACAUUUUAGAUAUCAUGUGCGUAGCCUAGCCUAAUUGAGACUGUUACAAUACAAUUAGAUACUUUUAAUCUUAUACCAUGCAAAUAGGCCUACGCAAAACACAGAUUUACAAGAUCAUUUGAAGAUUUCUAUUUUCAAAUAUCAGCCCCCCUCUCUCUCUCUCCUUUACUCACUCGCUCCCUCUGUCUUGACUUAGUGACAAACCUGAAAGCCUUUUGUUGUAAUCUUAGCCAAUGGAGACGGAUUACGACACUGGGCAGCCGACAUAUAUAAAGGGGGGCUUUCCAAACGCACUUGCACACUUUCAAUGACAGAUCAUUCAACACUGGGGACUAAACAGUAACAGAAUAGCCUAGGUAAACCAACAAAUUAUUUAAUAAAAAGAAAUGCAGACAUUAAGUAGGUAGCCUAACAUCAGAUCAAACAUCGACAGCAUCAUUUUGGACUCAUUGCCAUUUGCCAGUUAUUAUGGCACUCACGCACCGGUUGAAAUAAUUUUGAGACAGCCACCGUUGAACUAGUUGCACUUCAUUGCGCGUCUUCUCUAGGACGUAGGAAUAACCAGGACCAACCAUAUUAUUCACGAAGAUACAGAAGGAAACCGUUUUUAAUUUUCACCAUCAUGGCAAGGUAUAACUUUUUGCUGUGUUUGAUGGUGAUAAUUUCCUUGGGACUGUCCGGCAGUGACGAGCCCAACCUCUUUCUCCCACCAGUAAGCGAGAUGCCCACGGACGCUGGUGUUUCGCUUAUCGAGGUGGAGGACGCAGGCGCUCGCGAGUGCUCUGCGUGCGUGUGGCGGGAACAGAGCAAGGUGCUCAGGCUUGAGACCAUCAAGUCCCAGAUUCUUAGCAAGCUCCGGCUCAAACAAGCCCCAAACAUUAGCCGUGAGGUGGUCAACCAACUAUUGCCCAAGGCGCCCCCGCUGCAGCAGCUCCUGGACCACCACGACUUCCAAGGGGACGCUUCCUCGCAGGACGAGUUUAUGGAGGCUGAUGAGUAUCAUGCCACUACGGAGUCAGUUAUCACAAUGGCAUCGGAGC